AAGGAAAAAAAAACACACAACCUCCUUCCUCCCUUCCUUCGGGGAGGGAAAAGAGAGGGGGGAAAUCUAUCUCCAGACAGACAGAAAAGAAAGAGGAGCAAAUUAACAACCAGGAGUUGCCAAAACCAGGAUAUUAGGUUUCAGCCCAGAGAGCUAUUGGCUCUGGGGCUAUGUAUAUAAAUAUAUAUCUAGAGAGCGAGAGGGGAGACAGGGAGAAAGAAGAGGGAUAUUUUGGUGGGUGGUUGUUGGGCAGAUGCUAAUUCACAUGGAAAUGAAAUAUUUAUUUCUUUUUCAGCGAGGCUGCGGUGGUGGCUGCUGAGGCCACUUGGGAAAAAAAAGUUGUUUCUUAAAAUAAAGAGGAGCGAGAGGAGAGAGAUAAGGUUUCAGGUCCAGGCUGAUAACUGCAGAGAGGGGAGAGGUUUGGGGUGUUUUUUUUCCCCCUCUUCUUGCUGAUGCCAUGCAAAUGCAGGAGAGGAGGGGAAAAAAGUCUCUUUUAAUGACUCAUUGAUUGAGCUGGUUUAAAAUUAGUUGUUGGUUUUUUUUUAUUUUCCGCCCCCUUGAUGGCCAUCGAGAGGGCUAGAAAGAGGAGAGGGAGAGAGUGUGUGUGAGAGAGUGAGGAGCGAGGGGGAUAGAGAGAGUGUGAGAGGGAGAAAGAAAAAUAAUCUUUUCAAAUCUCCUCCCUCUUUUUUCCCCCCUCGUUUCUUUGCUUUUCUCUAAAGCUCUCUGGGCUGUGAAACGCUUUUUCUUCCUCCUCCUCAGGAAAAUGGAGACACUUCGUCUCCCUCCUGGCUGCGUGGGGCUGGGAAGGAUUUUUCUUUUUUUCUUCACUCCUGGCUUGAUUUUCCCCCCGCUACCUGCUUCCACCACUCUGAUCUUGUAAUUCCUCUGAGUUUGUUUCUCUGAUGUGUGUCUGCGGCGGAUUUAUUUUUCAUCGGUUUUCCUGUAGCCACGAGAUUUUGUGGGGUUCUUUGCAGGUUGCUUCUGAAUUUGCCUGUCUUUAUUUUUUCCACGGCGUGGACCUGAGGAUCCCUGGGUGUGCGUGCGAUUUUGGGGCGGUGGAUUUGAGUUUAAUGAUCUUUUUUUUUUCCUUUGUAGGAUCAGCCUCCCCCCCCGAACAUAUUGCCCUGUAAUCUAUUUUAAAACGUAAUAAUAAACCGACUUUUCCUCUAGUAACCCUUUUGGUUUUGCAUUUUAAGGGCUGUGUAUCUAGUUCACCAGAUGAUUGGUCUGAGCAUUUUCUGAAAAAUCUCCUUUUGCAUUUGAGCCAACACCAAGCACUGUUGGCGUUAUGGAGGGGCUUCAUUGAAACCUUCCGAGCUGAGGAUGGGCGAAGUCGUUGCUGGGGUGGCGGUGUUUGUUCUUAGUGUUAGCUGUUUUCUCCGCCAACCUUCAUAAAAAUAAAUCUUCUUUCCGAUCACGGGCUUGUGGGGAAGGUGCAGUAACCUGGCAUCACAUUUUUAAAAAACACCCUCUAACAACUGAAGGGGAAAUAGGUCACGUUUGUAUUUUUACCGUGUUAUUUAAUGAGCGGGGUGGGGAGUGGCUGAGGCCUGACACACACUCAGCUCUCCGCCGUCUCGUUAGGAUUGCAAUUAAAAGGCGCGAGCCCCGCUGCCGCCUGUGGACGGGGCCGGCUCGCUGUCUGUGACUGGGAGAGCGGGAGAAGAUGGCGCUGUCUGGCUGCCUGCCAGCGUUUGUUGCGCAGUUUCACUGUGACUCUUCCCUCCUGGCCUCCUCCCCCACAGGCGCCAUUUUAAAGCCCUGGGUGGUUAGGGGUUUUCUUUCAUGUUUCAUUCCACUAUAUGGGGCGUCGCCCUCCUGUGCGUAUCUCAGGUCGUUUCCUUUGCUCGUUCAGCCUGUUCAAAAUGCUGCUACUCCAGCAAAGAGCACUUCUUUCCUCACUGAGGGAAAACCUCCUUUCGCUGCUCUCCCUCACUCUGGAGAUGGGUGUGAAGGCGCUCCCCUCCUGCGUGUGUCUGGGGUGGGGGCGGGAUGAAAGAUCAUGUUGCUGGGUCUCUUAAGGAAAAAUGACACGGUUAUUUAUUUUGCUCUCAGUAACAGUUUCAGGAAGGGGCCCUUACACAUGUUUUCCACUUAGAGUUGAAGUCUCUUCCCUGCUUCCCCCUUUCAGAUUGUCCCCACAGCCCUUGACUAAGCUGCCACAGUUAGGGGUGCCCUCCUGGGAGGUGUGAAGUGCUUUCAAAUCCAAAUGACUUCUGUGGGGGGUGAGGGAGCUUCUGUGUCCCAGAGGGUGGAGACCCCGUUGUUUAAAGGCUGGUAACGUGAGUGGUAAUAUUUGUUUACCAGUGAAUCCAAAAUGUGUUCCAGACUUGGGGAGGGAAACACCCCCUCAUUUGAAAUUCAUUUCACAGUGAGAUUUAAAGCAUUUCUUUCCUUGUGGUGAAGGCUGCUGUCUCAGGCUAUGAUAAUAAUCAAAACAAGGCAGCUUAAUAAAAAAGUAAUAGGAAUAGAGAUUUUUGUAAUGUCUCAAUACACAUGACAAAAAUUCUUCAUCACUGGAAAGACUAUAAAACCCGCCUUUAAAUAGCCUUGCAAAAUUCUACUUAGCCACAUGCCUAGGGCAAGUAACCCAUUUGGUGGUUGUCAUGGAUGAUGACGACGAUGAGUCCUGUCUCCUUGAUCUUAUUGGAGAUCCACAGGCACUGAAUUAUUUUCUACAUGGUCCUAGUAGUAAAUCUAGCAAUGAAGACUUGACUAAUGCAGGGUACUCUGCAGCCAAUUCUAAUUCAAUUUUCGCCAACUCCAAUAACACUGAUCCUAAAUCCUCCAUCAAAGGUGUAAGCAAUCAGCUUGGAGAGGGGCCUAGUGAUGGACUACAUCUGUCAAGUAGCCUUCAGUUUCUUGAAGAUGAACUUGAAUCUUCUCCUUUACCUGAUCUCAGUGAGGAUCAGCCUUUUGAUAUUCUUCAGAAGUCCUUACAGGAGGCCAAUAUUACUGAACAGACUUUGGCAGAAGAGGCAUAUCUGGAUGCCAGUAUAGGUUCUAGCCAACAGUUUGCACAAGCUCAGCUUCAUCCUUCUUCAUCAGCAUCCUUUACUCAGGCUUCUAAUGUGUCUAAUUACUCAGGUCAGACGCUGCAACCUAUAGGAGUUACUCAAGUGGUACAGCAACCAGUUGGAGCAUCUUUUGCAAGCAAUACAGUUGGUGUGCAACAUGGCUUUAUGCAACAUGUGGGAAUUAGUGUUCCCAGCCAGCAUUUGUCUAAUAGUAGUCAGAUUAGUGGUUCGGGGCAGAUACAGCUAAUUGGUUCAUUUAGUAAUCAGCCUUCCAUGAUGACUAUUAACAACCUUGAUGGAUCUCAGAUUAUAUUGAAAGGCAGUGGACAGCAGGCACCUGCAAACAUGAGUAGCGGACUCUUGGUUCAUAGACAAACUCCUAAUGGUAACUCACUGUUUGGUAACUCAAAUUCAAGUCCAGUAGCACAACCUGUAACUGUCCCAUUUAACAGCACAAAUUUUCAGACAUCUUUACCAGUGCAUAAUAUCAUUAUUCAGAGGGGUCUAGCACCAAAUUCUAAUAAAGUUCCGAUUAAUAUCCAACCAAAGCCUAUUCAGAUGGGUCAGCAAACAGCUUACAAUGUGAAUAACUUGGGAAUACAGCAGCAUCACGUACAACAAGGGAUUCCUUUUGCUUCAGCAAGUUCACCUCAAAAUUCAGUAGUUGGUCCUCAUAUGUCUGUUAAUAUUGUUAAUCAACAGAACACAAGAAAAUCAGUUACUCCUCAAACAGUUAGUAAUGCUGGCGGUAGUAUUGUUAUCCAUUCUCCUAUGGGACAGCCUCAUGUAUCUCAAAAUCAGUUUCUCAUACCUACAAGUCUCUCUGUCAAUUCUAAUUCGGUUCAUCAUGUCCAGACCAUAAAUGGACAACUUCUUCAGACUCAACCUUCCCAGUUGGUUUCUAGUCAAGUAUCUGCUGAGCAUGUUAUGCUGAACAGGAACUCUACAAGCAUGCUCAGGGCCAACCAUUCAUAUUCAGGACAGAUGCUGAAUAAUCAGAAUACAGCUGUUCAAUUAGUUUCUGGUCAGACAUUCACAGCUCCUGGAAGUCAAGUUAUAGUAAAUCAUGGAACUUCUCAAAUUGUUGGUGGACAGGUGCCAUUACAACAGGCAUCACCAACAGUGUUGCAUUUAUCACCCAGUCAAAGUAGUGUUUCUCAAGGUAGAUCAGGUUUUACUACAAUGUCACCUGGACAGUCUACAGUCUCAAAUAUGUCAGCAUCUAAUCGGUUUACUGUUGUAAGUUCUUCUGGCACAGUACAUCCCAACCUGGGGCCACCAGUUCAGUCUGUUGCAUCAGGAGGAAAUUUUACUGGAGAUCAACUUACACAGCAGAAUAGAACACAAGUUUCAGUGAGUGUAUCACAUUGUCUUCCAGUUUCCUCUUCUAAAUCUAUCAGCACUUUCAGUCGCACAUCAGUAGGAGUAACACAGCAACAGUUCACUUUUGCUCAGGCUCAGAAAAAAGUUAUGAACCAGUCCUCACCAGUUUCUGCAUCAAAGUCACAGGAUAGCUUGAGACAACCUCCGCUAACAGGUCUUCUGAGUAACACGUUGCCAGGACAGGAUUCUGGAGGUAAAAUCAUCCAGCAACCUUUAGGAACAACACAGUCACAGCAGGAAAAAGUAGUAGGAUCAUCUCCUAUCCAACAAAAUGUGCAGGUGGAUGUUCAUACAGUUGGACAAAAGAGGCCUGCUGCUAAACAGCUAACAAAAGGAGCUUUUAUUCUACAGCAGUUACAGAAGGACCAGGCACAUGCUGUGACACCAGAUAAAAGUCAAUUCAGAUCGUUAAAUGAUGCAGUCCAGAGACUCCUCUCAUAUCAUGUGUGCCAGGGAUCACUGCCAACCAAGGAGGAUUUAAGAAAAGUGGACAGUGAAUUUGAAUCUGUAGCCACGCAGCUUCUGAAAAGGACACAAGCUAUGCUAAAUAAGUACAGAUGUUUGCUCAUAGAAGAUGCAAUGCGGAUAAAUCCCUCUGCAGAAAUGGUUAUGAUUGACAGGAUGUUUAACCAAGAAGAAAGGGCAUCUCUGUCCCGGGAUAAGCGCCUUGCACUAAUGGAUCCUGAUGGUUAUCUGGCUGAUUUUUGUUGUUCCUCUAAACAAUUUGAUGAAACUACUGAUGAGGCACAGUCCAGUGAAAGUGAUCAUCAGUGUAGUAAAACUUUGACUUCUAACAGUCAGACUACCAAGAUCCAAACCAGAGACCGAUCAAAAUCCAGGACAGCAGAGUCUACAAAUCAUGACAAACUUCAUUUAGUGCCUAACAACAUUAUGACACAACUAGAAGGAAAAAUUUCUACUAAAAAACCAGAAAGCCUCACUAAAGCUUUAAAGUUUGAGAAGGCUAGCUGUUCUCCUGACAGUCAAUACAUGGCUGUGUCUGAAGAGAAAUUGGCUAGUAAAGAUCUUGCCAAGACCAGUGAAAAUUCUUCAAGUUCUGAAGACCUGUCAAAAAUCUUGUCAAGAGCUAAUCAUGGUACACAUAAAAUGUCAAGGAAUACAGUUGAAUCUCACUCAGAGGUAAUAUGUAAUAACUCCUCCCUCCAAGACAAAACUCAGAGGAGCUUUCCAAAGAAUGAGGUUUUACAUCUUGACAACGUGAAAGGCUCGGGUGAACCCCAACAGGAUUUACUCCUCAGUAAGAGUUUAGAAACUACAUUCAAAAACAUUUUGGAACUGAAAAAAACUGGGAAACAGCCACAAAGUGAGGCUACUGGUAGUGGCUCUGUAGAAUUAGACUUUCCAAACUUUUCACCAAUUGCUUCACAAGAAAACUGCCUGGAAAAAUUUAUUCCAGAUCACAGUGAAGGUGUUGUAGAAACAGACUCUAUUUUAGAAGCAGCUGUAAAUAGUAUCUUAGAGUGUUAAUAGUUACAGUACCAUGGACAAGUUAUGUUUCUCUUAGUAGAAGCAAAUGUGAAUAACACCACAAGUACAGCCUGACAUAUGUCAAAGGUUAAUCUUUCUAAACUAGAUUCUGUUCUGUGUUUGAGAGCAAUACUCAUUGUGAUUACAGUGAGAUAUCCAGUAAAGUUAAUUCUUGUUAGAAUGCAGUCUGUUGGGGCCUACACAUUUCAAGUAUUAUAAUGAUAGUGCUUAUGGUAAUUGUUUAACACUGCAAUUUAAUGAGAUUGCAGUUCACUAGGCCCUCGGUAAUAAGGUAAUAUACUGACAAUCACAGUCAUAUGAAAAGACAGAUUUAUUCAAGAAAACUUUAAAAAGACAAAUGGAAGCAACAAUUUUCCCCCUUCCAUAAAUCACUAGAUUUUAGUUUCUUUCCAGGAAAACCUCGUGGUUAAAUACCCAUUGUACCUUUAUUCAGAAAUGAUUAUCUAUCUGAUUUAUUAAUGAAUCCAUCUGCUCUAGGAUUUUAAGUUGGAAGGAUAUCAUCGGUACGUUUAUAGGGCUUCAUAUUUCAAGUGCUUUUCUGUUGUCACUGAACAGAAAGUAGUACAUGAGUAUAUCUGUAGUGGGUGAAUUUAGUCUGUGGAAUGAUACUGUAUAAUGUUAGUCACAACAGUAUGAUGUGAAAUAAUAUAUGGUCGACUAAGGAAAGAAGAACAAAAGCCAGUAAGUGGCAAAGUGUACAGGAGGAGGUCAUGAUAGAGCCAUGAAUUUAUAUAUAUAAAUACAUAUAUAUGUUAACUCUUGAGGAGAAGGUUUUGCUUUUUAUAAUUGGAUAUAGUCAACCUAAGUCUUUCUGAAGUGGUAUAAAUGUUUUUGGUUUUUUUUAAGACCAGGUGUCAAAAGCACUUUUAUUUGAAAACUGUGUUAUUAAAUUAGUAGUUUAUACUUUGAGGGGACAUUAGCCUUAAUCUGAGAAAUUUAAAGGCCAGUGUUGUUGCUUGUUUCUGCUUCUUGCUGUCAGAGAAUAUUAGUCAUCCACAGCAGCAGUCAUAACUACCAAAAUAUGUACAGACCAAAGUUAAUCAGCUAUCCCAUUGUCAAAACAUAUCUCAACUUGUACAAUUAUUAAUUCACAUUUUAGAGCCAAAGGAAACCCCUGUGUGGUUUGUAUUUGGCUGGUGUUCAUGUUGACGAGAAUAGAAGCUUGUUGUUUUAUUUAUUUAUUUUUAAUAUGUGACAUUUUCCCUUUUAUGGCCCAUGCUUCUUUUUUAAUAGUUUACCUUGGUCAUUAGUGGUGUUGUGCACAUAAGUGUUCUGCUGUUAUCACGAUGAAUCUAGCAUGUAUGUCUGCUCAGAAGGGUAGAGCUGUUGUGGUUUCUAAGGCAUGCUCUCUAUCUCUCUUUCCUUCUGUCUUCCUCCCUGUUGCUCUCAAAAAUAAACAGCCAUGUUUCAAAACUUGCUGAUUGCCAUUAUCAUAAUCUAGAGACUCAUUGUGACAAACUGUGGUUGUCAGUCAGAUUGCCAGAACUGCCAGGAAAGAAAACAAAAGGCCAGGUUUUGCUAUCAUUUACACCAGGGAGUUUGCACCAGUGUAAAAGAGAGCAGAAUUUGACCCUUGGGCUUUUGACAGCAUGAAAUUAUAAUGCACCUCAUUUUGUUGAGCUGCAGUCCAUUAUGUGAUAACAUAGGAAAACCAAAUCUAGUCUACCUGAGAAAGAUAACAAUAGUUAACGUAUAAUUAAUGUUCAGUUCCCCUUCAAUGUGAAUGGAAAUAUAAAUAUUUUGUACAUUAUUAAUUGCCAUUUAAAAAAAUUUGUGCCAAUUUAAAAGUACAAAUUUGUCAAAAUCCAACAUUCCCAAAUGUCAUGUAAAACGUUUAAAAUAAUAACAUGGUAUUGCCAGUUUUAAAUUUCUAGCUGGGCAUCAUUACAGGAGACUCUCAGGCAAUUAGCGAUUUUCUAGUUAAUGAGACUGACAGUAUAGUCUUUGCCUAUUGCCUUUGAAAUUUCAUAAAGAUAAUGAUGGCUGUGUAUCCUGAGGAUUAUGUAUCGUAUAAUUCAUUUAAUUUCUGCCAGUAUGAGCACUCUAGAAAGGAAGGGUGUAAGUUGUAUCAGCAAUGUAAAUUAGUUUAAUUUUCAUUUUAUGAGAAAAAGAUGCACGUUUAUGGAUACUGUCACUCUUGGUACCGUCUCAAACAGCAUAUUAGCUUUCAAGCAUCUGUACAGCAAAUACAUAACCUAAAUACCAAAAUGCUGUGUCCACUAUGUAAAUUUAUUUUCCUGGGCAGUGAAUUAUAGAUAAUGACAAAUAAAGAUUAAGACAUGUUUUUUAUCAUUGUUGAUUAGGUCAGACAAAGAUUUGUCCAAACAUCUUAUGUUAGGAAUCCGUUGAGCAAAGGCCUGCAAACUUACUGUUGGAUCAUUAGUGUUCUGUUAUUCAUUAAUUUGAAUUCUAUUUUAGGAAUACUUGUACUUGGUAAUGCAGCAAACAAAAUAAUCGUAUAUAUGAAAUGUUGUUUUAAUAAAGUGUGAAUUGGAAUCUGAUCCAGUGAAAUACUUUAACACAUGCCUGAUUUUAAGCACAUGCUAAAAUACUUUGCUGGAUCAGUAUAAUGAUUUCCAAUGUUCUUGAAUACUGCCUAAGGUUAAAAUAAAUUUUAAACUGGCAAUUACAAAAAAAUAUUUUAAUUUUGAAGAGUUUAGCAUAAUUUAUCUCUUAGAUUAGGGUGGCCUUACAGACUGACUUCACUUAAAGAGGAUGUGUCACUUAUUGUCAAUGUGGUAUGGACUUUAUUUGCUUAAAUACCUUCAUUUGUAUAGUAUGUCUCACUUGAAAUUGCUUUGUAUACAUUUUGUAAAAAUAUUUAUAAAAUGUUUUGUAAAAAAAGUAUAACAAAUUGCAGUUUAUUUUGUUAUGUUGGAUAAAUACUGUUAAAAGACACACGUUGGUAAAUAUAUUGUUAAUCCAUGGAUAGGAAAUGUUUAGUUGGAGAUUACAGAUUGAAACAACCAUUGCAAUACAGCCAAAGAUUUGGGAAAAAAGUAUAUCUGUGAUUGUCUUGAUUUAACCAAGAUGAAUAAGUACAUUUCCAAAAAGAGGGUUGUUUUCAGUUUCAAGUAAUAUGGUUGCAGAACAGGCUGACUUACUAUACUUUUUUAUAAUGCAACUGUGUCAUGAAAUAAUAUAUUUAAUAGAACAGUC